AGUGAUUUCAUUUGUUUACGUAUCAGUUGACUACUUCUUUCAUAAUCGGCAUAUACGAACGGACUCAUACAGCGUUGCAAAUGUACACUCGUUCACGCACACACCGGCACGCACAUUUAGCGAAGACGAAAUGGAAUUGAAUGUGUAAGUAGCGACCUCUGCGUCCAUGUGUUAUUGAAGUCUGACAGCCGGGUACACAUGUUGAACUGAUAAAUAGAUUCGACAGAAAAACAGCGUGGACGAGAAUCUUCGGCAGUAGUGAAAUUUGGGCCAAUCGACACGUUUAAUUUUAUACGUACAAAAUGACUGAGAAAACAAUUAAAAUACAAAAGAAUAAAAAUAAGCAGCCGAAAUUGAAAGCCAGACAAAAGAAAGUACAAUCCGAUUCGGAUAUUUCCGAUUCUGAGGCAUUGGGAAAAGCACCAAAAAUCGACGAGAAACAAAUUUCAUCAGAAGUUACGGACUUGUUGGCAUCGCUGAAAAGGGAGCAUGGCAUCGAAGAUGAACCAGUCGUAGCAGCACCAAAAGGCAAGGAGAAACUAGCCGAAAAGGGUAACAAAAAUAAAAAAGAUGCAAAAAACGCGCGAAACGCAGCACCAGUUGCCGCGAAAAAAGCCAAGGGACAACAACCUGAGAAAAAGUUAGCCGUUAAACAGGAGAAACCGAAAGCAAAUGAGAAUAAAAAGCAAAAACCAUUGAAAGCUAACGAUGGCGCUAAAAAAGAAGCAAAACCAAGCGUUGUGGCUCAAUCACAAGAAAAAUCUCCCAAGAAAAAGAAGAAUAAGAAUCAAAAACGUGCAGCUGAGAAUGUUAACGUAAAAAGUGAAACCACCGACGAACCACCAGUGAAGAAAACCAAGCAAAAUGCAGCACAAAAUCAAACGAAGAAACAAAAACAGAAGCAAAAUCAAGGUGAAGCCAAGCCUGCUGUUAAAAAGGAGCCGAAGGUAAAAGUCGAAGAAAGCGAAAAAGCGGAGGAAGAGAAAGAAACUGAAGAAGAAGCCGUUAAGAAAGACCAUCACUUGAAGUCAGCAGUGCCAGUAUUCGUUGGAAAUUUGCCGGUCAACAUUAAACGGCUCAAGUUGUUGAAAAUGUUCAAGAAAUUCGGAACGAUUUUGUCUAUUCGUUUCCGCACCAACACGGGAAAAUCGUUCCUUCGCAAGGCUCAAUUGGAAAAGGUGCCACAUUUGAUUGCAUUCAUUUACUUUGAUUCACGCGAAGCUGCCGAAGCCAGUGUUGCGCUCAGUGGUGAGAAAAUCGGAGACAAUGUCAUCACCGUUGAUGUGGACUCAAAAGAAAAAAUUGCAAAUAUUAAGCCACAAAAUACGGUCGUUAUUGGAAACUUGAGAUACGCGGUCACAGAUCACGUUUUGCGUGAAGCGUUCAAAUGUUGCGGUGAAAUCGAGCACAUUCGUGUCGUUCAAUCGGAUAAAGGUUGCAAAGGUAUUGCAUUCAUUCGUUUUGCCCAGCCCGAAUCGUGUGCAUUGGCAAUCAAAUUGAACGGCACUUCAAUUUUGGAUCGUGAAGUUCGCGUCGAGAAAUAUAAGGCAAACAAAUCACCUGGCGAAAAGAAUGUAAAAAAGGCGAAAACACCGAAACCAGUCCAGAAGAAGAAAGCAGCAAAUGCAACAAAAAAGAAUGCUGCCGACAAAGCCGCACCGACCGAAGAUAGCGACAAAAAGAAAAAGAAGAAGAAUAAAGAAUUUUUGGGAGUGAAAAGCAAUGACGCAAAAAAGAAUAAGGUGAACAAGAAGAAGAAGAACAAGUUGAGCAACGAGAAGCGUUUGGCAUUGAAAGUAGCACCCAAAGCAGAAAAAGCAUAAGGAUGCCUUGACAAAUUCCGUUUUAUUUUUAACUUAAUGUUUACGCAACAUUUUUUGAACUGUAAUAUUUCUUAAUGAAAUACAACACUUUAUUCAUUGAAAAUUUUAAUUGAAUAAAUACGAUAUUCAAUACAUUAGUCAAAA